AACGCAGCUCUCUGGGUGAUGGUGAAGAUGGCGGAUGGGGAUAGUGGGAGUGAGCGCGGUGGAAGCAGCGGCGGCUGCGGUGGUAGCGGAGGAGGAGGUGGCGGUGGUAGUGGUGGAGGAGGGGGUGGAGGCAGCGGAUUCCAGCCUUUCCAGAGGGAUCAAGAGACCCAGGAGCUGGCGUCCAAACGCCUUGACAUCCAAAACAAGCGCUUCUACCUGGACGUGAAGCAGAACUCGAAGGGCAGGUUCAUCAAGAUCGCCGAGGUCGGCGCUGGUGGCUCCAAAAGUCGCUUGACACUUUCCAUGUCAGUCGCGGCUGAGUUUCGGGACUACCUGGGGGAUUUCAUUGAGCACUACGCUCAGCUCGGACCCAGCACCCCGGAGCAGAUCGCCCAGUCCUCCAGCGGCGAGGACGGCGGGCCUAGGCGGGCCUUAAAGAGCGAGUUCCUAGUGAGAGAGAAUCGCAAAUACUACCUCGAUUUGAAGGAGAACCAGCGGGGGAGGUUCCUCCGGAUCCGUCAGACCGUCAACCGCGGGCCUGGUGGUUUUGGCGGCGGAGGAGGUGUGCCCGGGGGUGGCAUGCAAUCCGGGCAAACUAUUGCCCUUCCUGCUCAGGGUCUCAUCGAGUUCCGCGACGCCCUGGCCAAGCUGAUCGACGACUACGGCGGGGACGACGAGGAGCUGCUCGGCGGCAGCGGCGGCGCCGGAGGUUACGGGGAGCUUCCCGAGGGCACGUCAAUCACGGUGGACUCCAAGCGGUUCUUCUUUGACGUGGGCUCCAACAAGUACGGGGUGUUUCUGCGGGUGAGCGAAGUGAAGCCCAGUUACAGAAACUCUAUCACGAUACCCUUCAAAGCGUGGAGCAAGUUCGGCGGAGCUUUCAGCCGCUACGCCGAGGAGAUGAAGGAGAUCCAGGAGCGACACCGAGAUAAAGUGUACGAGCGGAGAGGAGGAGAUGAGUCGGAGGGCGACGACAUCGAUGACGACUGACAGUGACCCGGACGGGUGUUCCCUUGCUGGGGGGGCAACAACCACCUCACACAGAGCGAGAACCGCGCGCUGGAGUGGAGAGAAUUACCGUGCAUGAAACGAAGAACAUUUAAAGCUCUAUGGCGAAUAAAGAUGUUUGACUGAGAAACACUGUCAUGUAUAUGUAAGAGAAUCCCUUUUAAAGCAGUAUAGACGAUGUUUGGCUAGAUAAAUGGAUAUUUCAGCUGGCUGCUCUAUAGGUCUUGUCAUUUUGAAAGUUCUCCCUUUUAAAAUAAGACCCCACCACCCAGAGACUGAGUUAACAAUAGAGUCAACCGGGACGUUUAGUGUUAGUGUAUCCAGAUAUGAUCUCUACUAUAGGUGUUUUUGCUGUUGUACCAUAUGAUGGAGAGCAAACCAGCAUCAUCUGAAUGACGUGGUGUGGAUCUUAUAGUUAGCUCAUUCGGAAAGUGUUCUCUGCAAAUGUGUGUGUGUGUGUGUGUGUGUGUGUGUGUAUAUAUAUAUAAUAAGACUCAGAUCAAACAGUGUAAAAUUUGGAGACCGCUAAAGAGUUCAACUUGUGGGCACACAAUACAGUUCAAGCAACAAUGUACAAACAUUUCAAAUGGUGCUAUAAAUCCAUGCUCCGCCAAUGCUCUGACUAUUGAGGUUCACGCGGGCUGGUGAGUUUUAUUUUGUUUUCCUCCUGUUUCUUGUCAGGGUAGAGCAAAUCACUCUGAUUGUAUAUACUCAAUUUGGAAGUGCAUUAGUGCUGAUGCCACUAAUUUUACUAAUGAUACAGGGCUUGAUCUGGCUCUUUUAAAGGGAAUGAUACUGUAAGCCUGGUAUAGGCUUAACAUCAGGUCAUGACAAAUUAGAAGUUUUUUAAUUGAAUAUGUGGAGAGCUUCAGUGACAACUGGAAUGGAAAUCAAAUGUUGAACAACACCCAUCUGGGUUUAAAUAGAUUUAUUUUUAAAAGAAACAAUAUACAGAAAUAUAUAUAUACAGAAAUAUAUUUAUACAUAGACAUAGAAUCAAUUAUAAAUGCUUCCAAGCUAUUUAAACAAAUACAACUCGGAUGCAAUUAUAUAUAGGGGGAUAUUUCUUACUGGUUUUCCAUACAUAGUCCUUAUGGUUGGAAGAGAAAUAAAUAAAAUAGUAUACAAACUAGACUUGACGAUGUUCUGUUUAGUUUGUAUUCCUUUUUCAACAACCCAAAUGACAAAACAACACACUUUUUCCUUAACAUUCUCUUCCUCCACGUAUUAAGUUGUUUUUAGGUGUUACAUCUCUGAGUCUUACUGCAACUUGUCAGCUUCUCUUCAAGAUCUGUCAAAAUGUGUGUGCCUGUUUGCGACUUCCCUCUGUUAUCCUUUUUUUUUCUUUCUUACUGCUGUGUAUGGGUGUUACACAUUUUUAAUUUUAACGAGAAAGAAAGGAGUGAUGUUCAAUUUUCAGGCCUUCUUUAACCACAUAAAUUAGCCAUACACACCAUCUUGGGAGCCAUAGUGAUUUUUUUUUAAUAUUAUUACUAAUUUCAAUAUCCAUUUAAGUUUUGACCUCAUUCUUGUCUGUACUGUGUUAUGUGAUAAAGGCAGCUGUUCAGUCAAGUGUGUACUGCUGUAAUUCUCCACAACUUCCUUUGAACAAUAAAAAUUAUCUUUGCUGAGAACAUGA